GAGAUCAUGACUUCUGUCAAAGAGCAGGAAGCCAUCAGGAAGCUCAUGGUUUUCCUGCAGGAAUGGGAUACUGCCCACAAGGUUGCUCGAAGACACAUUCUUGACAACUUCAUUAAAAGCAACAAUGGCAAGACAGAACGAGAGCUGGAGCUGGAGUUCUCCCAGGGAGCCAGCUUGUUUCUGGCUCGCCUAACAACAUGGCUCAGGAUGACCUACACGUACAGCACGUGCCUCAACAAGCUGCUCUAGUCCAUCAGCAUUUUCCUGUCUGCUGCAAGUGGACACAGGUACCUUAUUGAAUUUCUGGAGAUUGGAGGUGUCUUGAUUCUCCUGGAAAUACUGGGGCUGAACCACCAGAGAGAAGAGGACAAAAGGGAGUGUGUAAAGCUGCUGCAGCUCAUUGCAGACCCUGGCAGGAAGUAUAAGGAGCUCAUUUGUGAAAGCUGCAGGGUGCGAUCCCUCGCCAAGUUCUUGGCCACUUCCAGCUCAGCAGAGGCUCAAGAAGAUGUGCAGGUUCUGCUGGACUCUUUGAGCUGUGGCAAUCCCAAGUACCAGAACCAAGUCUACAAAGGCCUCGUUGCAGUGCUGCCAUGCGCCUCCCCCCGUGCCCAGCAGCUGGCUCUCCAGAUGCUGGCGGCCAUGCAGGACGCCAUGGGAGAGGCACCCUCUGUCCUGGUGGAGCCCGUGCUGGGCAUGCUGUGCUCAGUGCACCGGGAG